UUUUAGCCCAGGAUGUUGAUAAUAAACAAUACAUAAUUGGAAUGAGCUUGAUAAUAGCGGACUUAAGGCGAUGUGCUUUGGUAGCGCUCCAGAUCCCCUCUCCUCCACACACAGCUCCACCAGCGGAGCUCCACCAACUGGAGCCUAGGACAUACGGCAGCGCAAGAGCUCCGGCUGAACCUCCCCCUGCGUCGCAGUCACAGCCUGCCUGGCUGUCGAUGGGACGUCCAGACUGAGAAGCGCCUCAGUGCACAGCGAUCAGCGCACAUCCAUCGAAGUCUGCCCGCGGCGCGGAUCCACUCCUUCCUGCGCCUUUUGUUGGAGUGGGAGCGUACGAGUAUGGGCUCGACGUUUGGGUUCCAGCUGCUGAAACGCCUCUGUCUGCUCCUUUUCCUGUUAUAUGAAGGUUCUUCCGCACUGUACUUCCCACAGAAAGAGUACUUUGAGAGUGUGUACGUGGGCCAGGCAGCUGGCUCCCCCCUGCUGCAGCUGCAUGGCCUGCGCGAGACCGACACCGAGAGGCCCCACUUCUACCUGUGCCCUAACAGCCCACUGAAUAAAGAUCCCUACAAGUCCUGGUUCCACCUGGAUGAGAGAACAGGCAUCCUGUCACUAAACAAGACGUUGGACUCCAGUGACUUCAGUUUGCCAUCAAGCAGCCUCACCGUGUCCCUGAAGCGGCUCAGUCUGAAAGCAACGGUCACCCAUGAGCCCCAACAAAACCUGAGCUGCUUCUGGAGCCCCACUGUGAACAUCAUCCUCACCUUCAUCAAUACAGCGCCUCCUUGUGACCAUCAGAAUCUGAUAAAGAUGUGCUUCCCUGAGAAAGAUGCCAGCCCCCACAUCAAGGAGAACCGGUGGUCUGGGCCCUUCCGGCAGCUCAGGCGCCUGACCUUUCAAGAUCUCUGUCCUAAUUUUACCAUCACAUACAGCCUGGAAGCAGAUAUUUCCGCCCCAUUUUUCAUCAAUGAGAACACUUCUGAGCUGGUGGUGACCAGGUCACUGGACCGCGAGGAGAAGGAGGUGCACGAGCUGCUGUUAGUCUGCACAGUGACCACAGAGUCCAAGGUGCACGAGAUGUCCAUGCCAGUCCUGGUGAAUGUGUAUGACGAGGAUGACAGUGCCCCCUAUGUGAACGGCACAGACACAGAGGAUGUGCGGAUCGAGUUUAAUCGCAUGGAGGGCUCCCAGUUUGGCAAUUUAUUGGUUUAUGAUAAAGACACAACACCAAUAUACCCCAAAGACCAGAGUCACAACAAAUUUGUUGGAAGUAUGAAGACAAAUGACUCCUGGAUUAAGGAAAUGUUUUCUGUGGAGCAUUCUUUCAUUGAGGAAAAAGCAAUCUUUGGCAACGUACGUGGGACUAUUCAUAAAUACCGCCUGGCUCUAAAUAAGAACAUUCCAGUACCAGAGAAGCGCUCCUUCCUGUUGGAUUAUCUAGUCAAUGACACUACCUUUCCUGGGUCAGAGGGAACUGUGAUGCUUCACUUCAAUGUUACCAUCCUACCGGUGUCCAUCCGGUUUACCAACCCCCUGUAUCAGUUUCCUGUAUCCCGUAGAUCUGCCCCUUACGCACAGAUCAGUAGAGUCUGCAUCGACAACUGUCUGAAAUUCCAAGGGAUCAACAUCACUUACCGGCUCGCCAUGGAGGAUGAUAAUGUCUCAUCUGUGGAAAGAGUAUGCCAUUCCAUGGUCAGCAUUGCGCAGAGCCUGACGGACAUCUGGGCAGUGCUGUACCUCAACCAUACAGAGGCACUGUGGCAACCACAGUGCCAAAGCCUGCAGUACAUGGUGGUGGCCAAGGAGCAGCUGAGCCAGCUGCAGGCUGAAGCCAGGCUCCGGGUGGAGUUCUACGAUAAAGGAGAAAAGCAGAGCCUGGAACGUGACUGUCCGCUGUCCUGUGCCAAGCAGCGGCGCCGGGGACCAUGUGAAGCCUGCAGUGGCUUGGGGGCAACUACCGGGAGGUGUCAGUGGAGGCAAAGCGUCGACAAAGUAAUAUCCAUGAACUACUCCACCUGCUCUCCGGACCUCAGCACCUGCCCGGAUGGGUACUGUGACAUCGUCGAAAGCAAAGACUUAGCAAUAUGCCCCCAGGACUGCACAGAUAAGCCCAUCGUUGGUGGCCAUGAACGAGGGAUGCUGUACGGCAUCAAGGCUGGUCAUGGAACUUGUUACUGUGCAGAUAACUGCUUCUGUGAGAUGGACAAUGUAGAAGAGUCCAUGUGUGAUGACGUCUGUAAGACAGUGGUUGCCACGGCGCUUCUCCUCUCCUUCAUCAUCUCCGUGCUGCUGUCCUCUUACUUUAUCCACCGCUACCAUAAAAGCUCCCCCAAGUCACCAAAGCCCUCCGCCGAAAUGUCCUUCCGCCGGCCCGCCCAGGCCUACCCCAUCAGCUUCUCAGCCAACAAUGUCCGACGGCCUUCUCUGGAAUCCAUGGAAAACCAGGUGGCCAUUGAUACCUUCAAGAUACCGGAAGAUCCAAAGUGGGAAUUCCCACGAAAGAACUUAGUCCUGGGAAAAACCCUGGGAGAAGGGGAGUUUGGUAAAGUCGUCAAGGGAACGGCAUUCCGGCUGAAGGGAAAAGCUGGAUACACCACAGUGGCUGUGAAGAUGCUGAAAGAAAAUGCCUCGCAAAGUGAGCUUCGAGACCUUCUGUCAGAGUUCACCCUGCUGAAGCAGGUCAACCACCCACACGUCAUUAAAAUGUACGGAGCCUGCAGCCAAGAUGGCCCGCUCUACCUCAUCGUGGAGUAUGCUAAGUACGGUUCUCUGAGGAACUUCCUGCGUGAGAGCCGCAAGGUGGGCUCGAGCUACGUGGGUGGUGACGGCAACCGCAACUCCAGCUACCUGGAGAACCCAGACGAGCGGGCGCUCACCAUGGGCGACCUCAUUUCCUUCGCCUGGCAGACCUCCAGGGGCAUGGCAUACCUGGCCGAAAUGAAGCUUGUCCACCGAGACUUGGCAGCACGGAAUGUUCUGGUGGCAGAGGGACGCAAGAUGAAGAUUUCUGACUUUGGCUUGUCACGGGAUGUGUACGAGGAAGAUUCCUAUGUGAAGAGGAGUAAGGGUCGGAUCCCAGUGAAAUGGAUGGCCAUCGAGUCAUUGUUUGACCACAUUUAUACCACACAGAGUGAUGUCUGGUCCUUUGGGGUGUUGCUCUGGGAAAUCGUGACCCUGGGGGGUAACCCAUACCCUGGCAUCGCCCCUGAACGGCUCUUCAACCUCCUCAAGAUGGGCUAUAGGAUGGAGAGACCUGAGAAUUGCACAGAGGAAAUGUACAGCCUGAUGCUUCGGUGCUGGAAGCAAGAGCCAGACAAACGGCAGACUUUCUCAGAAAUCAGCAAGGAACUGGAAAAGAUGAUGGUGAAAAGCAGAGAUUACUUGGACCUGGCAGCCUCGACGCCUGCUGACUCACUGCUGUACGACGAUGCACUCUCCGAAGAGGACACUCCUUUGGUGGACUGUAAUAACUCCCCACUACCCCGCACACUCCCUUCCACAUGGAUUGAGAACAAGCUCUAUGGCAUGUCAUACCCCAACUGGCCGGAGAAGAGCCCAGUUCUGCUCACCAGGCUUGAUGGCACUAACCCGGUCUUUACAAGAUAUGCCAAUGAUAGUGUUUAUGCAAACUGGAUGGUCUCGCCUUCAACGGCGAAAUUUAUGGACAAGUUUGACAGUUAAACCAAACCAAAUUUAACAAAUCUCCAAUGUGUAGAUGUAUAUAUUUCUAUAUACAAAUGUAUAUAUGCUGUGUGGUGUUAAAGAUGGUUCCCUUUUAUUUCUGAACCACGGGUACUUAGACAGAGAGCUCCACCUGCUGCCAGGAAGGUUUGGCUUUGAGCAAAUUAUCACUGUCUUGAUCUAUACCUCAAUGCCUUCUUGUACUUCUGCAUGAUGUGGUGUGUCAAUGCUACUGUGUUUCAGCCACCUGUGUGCUUUUCAAAUGCCUACAGCAGCCAGCAUUUGGCUCAGAAGCUCAUGACUACUGUUAGGAAUCAAAGGGAGCGCCUUUACCACCAUCUGCAAAUUUGUCUGCAAAUGAAGUGCAAAUUCAGCUUUUCUUUUGAUCAUGUUUCAAAAAUUAUAUUUGUUGAAGAAUCUGACAGACGAAACCAGAAGUAGGAAUGUUUUCAUAACGCGAGCAAUGUCAGAUGUCUAACGAUUAAUAUUUCGAAGCCAAAGGAAAUAGGUUACCAACAUGUGCUGAGUAAAGCUGACUUCUGACCUUUUUGCAAUUUAGUUUUUAAUUACUUGCAGUGUUCUUUGGGCUACAAGUGAUUAUAACAAAUCAAGUUGGUGUAAUAGCUCAUUAUCUUGUUAUAACUUGAGUUACAGUCAAUAAAGAAUGAAAAUACAUGUUGGUAUGUGCCAUGAACAAA